AUGGAGUACGAGAACGAUUCUCGGCGAAACCAGCAAGACAAGAACAAGGAAGGAGUUUUGGAUCUGUUGUUGAAACGGCCUUUACGGUGGUUAAGAAUGCUCAUUGAAGAGCUUCACUGGAGCUUCUUCUUUGGUGUGAUUAUCGUCUAUGGUGUUAGUCAAGGGCUUGGUAAAGGUCUAAGCAAAGUCAGUACUCAGUACUAUUUGAAAGACGAGCAGAUGGUACAACCUUCUCAAGCUCAGGUUUAUGUUGGUUUGAUUCAGAUUCCUUGGAUUAUCAAACCUGUUUGGGGUUUAUUGACCGAUGUUGUUCCGAUUCUGGGUUACAGGAGACGACCCUAUUUCAUAUUCGCCGGUGUUCUUGCUAUGGUGGCUAUGAUGGUGUUAUCUUUGCAUAAGAAUUUGCAUCUUGCACUGGCUUUGUCUUCUCUUGUGGCAGCAAGUGCUGGAGUUGCUAUAGCUGAUGUUACAAUUGAUGCUUGUGUAACACAGUGUAGCAUAAGUCAUCCUUCGCUUGCUGCAGAUAUGCAAAGUUUGUGUGGCAUGAGUUCGUCGAUUGGAUCCUUGGUUGGUUUUUCACUUAGCGGUGUUUUGGUGCAUUGGUUUGGGGCCAAGGGUGUGUAUGGUUUACUCGGUAUGACUUCAGGAUUGAUUGUUGUGGUUGGGUUGCUUCUGAAAGAAUCUCCUUCCCGUAGUCUAGAUCGCAAGCAUGUGAAUGAGAAGUUUCUAGAUGCCGGAAGCGCAAUAUGGAAAACCUUUCAAUAUGGUGAGGUGUGGAGACCAUGCUUGUUCAUGCUCUUGUCAGCUUCAGUGAGUUUGCAUAUUCAUGAAGGCAUGUUCUAUUGGUACACAGGUGCAAAGGAUGGACCAAAUUUUUCAAAGGAAGCUGUUGGAUCCAUUAUGUCUUUUGGCGCAAUCGGCUCUCUCGUGGGCAUACUUCUUUAUCAGAACUUUCUGAAGAAUUUCCCUUUCCGGAAUGUAGUCUUCUGGGCACUUUCUAUCUCCGUCCUGUCAGGAUUUCUGGAUUUGAUCCUGGUACUGCGGAUAAAUCUGAAGCUCGGUGUCCCUGAUUACUUCUUCAUCGUGGUAGAUGAGUUUGUUUCCCAUAUGAUCAGUAGAAUAAAGUGGUUACCGCUUCUUGUUCUCAGUUCAAAGCUCUGCCCUGCCGGUAUGGAAGGCACUUUCUUUGCUUUGCUCAUGUCAAUUGAACAUGUAGGACACCUGGUGUCUUCAUGGGGCGGAGGAGUAUUACUCCAUGCCCUGAAAGUUACGCGUACUCAGUUUGAUAAUCUCUGGUUGGUUAUUGUGAUCAGGAGUUUAUUGAGGGUAAUUCCUAUUGGAUUGGUUUUUUUGAUACCAAAUGUUGAUCCAAACUCAACCAUUCUUCCGGCUGAAAUGUUAAUGAACCGAAGAAAUGAAGCUGUAAUCGAAACCAAGAAGAUAGAGAUGACUGCUCUGAUAAGUAAUGAAGCUUGA